AUGAAACUCAUUCAGGUAUAUGCACCAACAUCAAACAGACCAGAUGAAGAAGUAGAACAACUGUAUGAAGAAGUACAAUGUCAGUUGACAACAGACUGCCACUACCACAUAGUCAUGGGUGAUUUCAACGCCAAGAUCGGGAUAAAGUCAGACGAACAAGAGCGUACCACAGGGAAAUUUGGCAGCAGAGAGAGGAAUGAAAGAGGAGACUUACUUAUUGAAUGGGCGACAGCAAAUAACUUGAAGAUCAUGAAUACCAUCUACAAGAAGAAGAUAUCAAGAAGAUGGACAUGGCAAAGCCCAGAUGGAUGUACAAGAAACGAAAUUGAUUACAUCAUGACAAACAGACCGAACAUCUUCACGGAUGUGAAAGUGCUAAACAGACUGGAUGCGGGCAGUGACCACAGAGCAGUUAUGGGAGUGAUUAGGAUCAAUGUCAGGAAGGACAGACAGAAAUGCCUGUCAAAUCCAUCAAAGAGACCUAGUAUCGAGCAACUGGUCAUAAAGAAAGACGAGUUCCAAAUCCUCCUAACGAACAGAUUCAGUGCACUAGAGCUAGAAGGUGAAGAUGGAGUAGAUGAAAUGAACGAUAGAAUAACAACCACCAUCCCAGAAUGUGCAUCAGAAGUCCCACCGGCCAGUAAAAUGAAGGACUCAAAGCUCUCAACAGAAAUGAGGAUUCUCAUGAAGAAAAGAUGGAUGAUGAAGAAAAUGGAGGUAAACAACAACAGGGACAUCAGAAACAACAUUGGAUAUGCAGAACUGGAUAAGACCAUCAAGAAGAAGGCAAGGGAAGACAUCAGGAAGCAGAACAUGAAGAAGAUAGCAGAGACCAUCAAAAAUGGAAAGAGCAUGAAAAGAGCAAAGAUAUCCUUUCAACUAGGGCAGGAUAGAAUGCUGACUCUUCUAGACAAAGAUGAAAAUGAGCUCACCACACAAGACCAGAUAUUAGAACGAGUAGAAGAAUUCUAUGGAGAGUUGUAUGACAGCAACAAGGGAAUAGAAAUCUCAACAAAAGCAUGCAAUCUACCAGACAUAACAGCUUGGGAAGUAGAGUCAGCAGUCCAGAAAAUGAAGAACGGGAAGGCAGCAGGAAAUUAA